GUGCAAAAGAAGGAAUUGUGGUCGCUGGAGGACAAGGCUACGGGAAUGCUUUGGCACAAUUGAAUGGUCCUAAUGGAAUCUUCGUUGAUACGUUGGGUACACUCUAUGUAGCAGACUAUGAGAAUCAUCGUGUAAUGCGUUGGACUCAAGGAGCAAAACAAGGCACUGUAAUUGUAGGUGGAAAUGGUUCAGGAAAAGGAGCAAAUCAGUUCAGUGGCCCCUGGGGUUUGUCUUUCGAUCGAAAUGGUAAUCUCUAUGUCGCCGAUGCAAGUAAUAAUCGUGUUCAACGAUUUUCUAUCGAAUAA